GUCGGCACUUGUCUUAUUCGAUGGGAUAUAGUGGUGAGUUUGAGAAAUUGACACCCCUCUACAAAUUGGAGCAGCUGAGGACAUUGCUUCCGGCAUAUAUUGAUGUGAAAUGUAAUUACCCUCUAAGCAAGAGGGUCCAGCAAAACAUACUGCCAAGACUAAAAUCCUUAAGGGCAUUAUCAUUGUCUCAUUACAGGAUUAAGGAUUUGCCAAAUGACUUGUUUAUCAAAUUAAAGCUCCUCAGAUUUUUGGACCUUUCUAAGACAUGGAUUGAAAAGUUGCCUGAUUCCAUUUGUGGAUUGUAUAACUUAGAGACACUUCUCCUGUCAUGUUGUGAUUAUCUUGAGGAGCUACCGCUUCAGAUGGAGAAGUUGAUUAACUUGCAUUAUCUUGACAUAAGCAACACUAAUUGCUUGAAGAUGCGUCUACAUCUGAGCAAAUUGAAAAGCCUCCAAGUGUUAGUGGGAGCCAAGUUUCUUGUAGGUGGUUUGAGAAUGGAAGAUUUGGGUGAAGUACAGAACUUGUACGGAUCUCUAUCAGUUGUAGAGUUGCAAAAUGUGGUUGAUAGAAGGGAAGCUGUGAAGGCAAAGAUAAGGGAGAAGAAUCAUGUUGACAAGUUAUCAUUGGAGUGGAGUGAAAGUAGUAGUGCCGACAAUUCACAAACUGAAAGAGACAUACUUGAUGAGCUACGCCCACAUAAAAACAUAAAAGAAGUCAAAAUCAUCGGAUAUAGAGGGACAACAUUUCCGAAUUGGCUAGCUGAUCCUUUGUUUCUUAAGCUAGAACAGUUGUCUAUUGAUAACUGCAAAAACUGUUUUUCCUUGCCAGCACUAGGACGGCUUCCUUGUUUGAAAAUCCUUUCCAUUAGAGGGAUGCAUGGAAUAACAGAGGUGACGGAAGAAUUCUAUGGCAAUUUGUCCUCUAAAAAGCCUUUUAACUGUCUUGAGGAACUUAUAUUUGAAGAUAUGCCGGAGUGGAAGCAAUGGCACGUACUAGGAAGUGGAGAGUUCCCUAUACUUGAGAGGCUUGAAAUUAAAAAUUGCCCUGAAGUCAGUUUGGAGACACCCAUCCAACUUUCAUGUUUAAAAAGUUUUAAAGUUAUUGGUUGUCCAAAGGUUGGAGUUGUUUUUGAUGAUGCUCAACUGUUUAGAUCCCAAAUUGAGGGAAUGAAGCAGAUUGUUGAAUUAGAUAUUAGGAAUUGUAACUCUGUUGCCUUCUUUCCUUUUAGCAUACUGCCCACUACCUUGAAGAGAAUAAGGAUAUCUGGUUGCCAGAAAUUGAAAUUGGAUCCGCCAGUUGGUGAGAUGAGUAUGUUUCUCGAGGAAUUGACACUGCAAAAAUGUGAUUGUAUAGAUGAUAUAUCACCUGAGUUGCUCCCAAGAGCACGCAGAUUGAAAGUAUCUAAUUGCCACAACCUUACUAGUUUUUUGAUUCCUACUGCCACUGAAAAUCUUAUUUUGGAAUGUCAGAAUGUUGAAAUACUUUCGGUGGCAUGUGGGGGGACCCAGAUGUCGUCACUGACUAUUCAUGGCUGUAAUAAGGUGAAGUGGCUGCCAGAACGUAUGCAGGAACUCCUUCCAUCUCUUAAGGAACUGCAACUGAUUGCUUGUCGAGAAAUAGAGUCCUUUCCUGAAGGAGGAUUGCCCUUCAAUUUAGAACUCCUUUAUAUCGUUGGUUGCAAGAAACUGGUGAAUGGCCGAAAGGAGUGGCGUUUACAGAGACUCCCCUGUCUCACAGAGUUAAUCAUCUACCAUGAUGGGAGUGACGAAGAGAUUGUUGGUGGUGAGGAUUGGGAGUUGCCUUCCUCUAUUCAAACACUUCAGGUAUACUAUCUGAAAACAUUAAGCAGCCAACAUCUCAAAAGCCUCACCUCUCUUCAAUAUCUACGUAUUGAGGGUAAUUUACCUCAAAUUCAGUCAAUGCUGGAACAAGGCCAGUUUUCGCACCUCACUUCGCUUCAAAGUCUACAAAUCAGGAAUUUCCCUAAUCUCCAAUCACUUCCUGAAUCAGCACUGCCCUCCUCCCUCUCUCAGCUGACCAUCAUCCAUUGCCCUAAGCUCCAAUCUCUUCCAGUAAAAGGGAUGCCCUCUUCCCUCUCUAAACUAGCUAUUUCCAAAUGCUCAUUGCUCUCACCACUACUAGAAUUUGACAAGGGGGAAUACUGGCCAAAUAUUGCUCAAUUUCUCACCAUAGACAUCGAUGAUGAAUGCAUGUGA